AUGGCCGUCACUCAUCAGCUUCUCCGCCUCCUCGUGACACUUCUUCUCGUCGCCACUCUCAUCGGGGCCGACGACUCGCCGCCGGCUCCCACGCCGCAGCCGCAGCCGACGGCGUACCAGAUGCUGGAGCGGUACAACUUCACGCAGGGCAUCCUGCCGCAGGGCGUGACGGGGUAUGUCCUCAACGCCGACGGUUCCUUCGAGGUGUACCUCCCGGCGGACUGCGGCUUCCGCGCUGGCAGCAUGCAGGUCCAGUACAGCAGCCGCGUCGCUGGCCACAUCCAGCCGCUGUCCAUCACCGGCCUGGAGGGAGUGAAGGUGAAGGUGCUGUUCUCGUGGAUCGGCGUCGACCAGGUCGACCGCGACGGCGACCAGCUCCGCUUCUCCGCCGGCCCCUUGUCCAAGUCCUUCUCCAUCGACACAUUUGCCAACAGCCCGCAAUGCAGCUGA